AUGGCUAGCCGCAAUAACUCGAUAGUAGCACCGCUUCCGGACUCUGUGGUCAAGAAGCAUGGUGUCAAGACCAUUGAGAGCAACAAUGCCAUCACCGGAGCUCAGAAUCUUACUCUCAAGCAGUCAAUUCUGCCUGUAUGCCUUGUCACCAUCCUUUUCUUCCUCUGGGGCUUCGCCUAUGGACUUCUCGAUGUCCUCAAUGCCCAUUUCCAGACCGCUCUGAACAUCACCAAGGGUCAGAGUGGUGGUCUUCAAGCGGCGUACUUCGGAGCGUAUGCGAUUGGACCUCUGACUUACUCUGGUUGGAUUGUCAGAAGGUUCGGUUACAGAUGGGCUUUCAUUACCGGUCUCUGCAUCUACGGUGUUGGUGCUCUCAUGUUCUGGCCAUCAGGACUCAAGCGUAGCUUCGGCGGUUUCUGUGGAUCGGGCAUCGCCAUCUUCGUCUUCAUCCUUGCCGUUGUCUUCUUCUUCGCUCCUAUUCCUGAGGUCACCGAUGCCGACAUGGCUGCUCAGGCAGCAUCCAGUGGUACUGAGACUGCCUUCGAGGACAAGCCAUUGUCUAAGCAGUACACUCUCUUCUUUGGUGUGGCCGCCCAGUUCUGCUAUGUCGGCGCUCAGUGCGCGUACGCCGGAUACUUUAUCAACUAUGUGUCUGCUGUCCGUCCUGGCACGACUCACGCUACCGGCGCCAAUCUUCUCGCCGUGGCCCAAGGAUGUUUCGCCAUUGGUCGUUUCAUUGCCAGUGGGCUGCUCAAGAUCACCAAGCCUCGUCUGGUCAUCAUGGGCUUCCUCUCUGGCGUGGUCCUCUUCGCAUGCCUGACCAUGGGUCUCAAGGGUAACGCCGGCAUCGCAUCCAUCUCGCUGGUUCUCUUCUUCGAGUCAUGCGUGUUCCCUCUGAUCUUCGCUCUGUCCAUCAGAGGUCUUGGUCGUCACUCCAAGCGCGGUGCCAGUUUCAUCGUUGCUGCCGUGUCUGGUGGUGCUUUGUUCCCUCCUGUUCUCGGUACAGUCGCCGAUCACAUUGGCACUCAGAAGGCGUUCUUCAUCCCUCUGAUCGGCUUCGUUAUCGCAUGGUGCUUCCCUCUUUACCUCAACUUGUUCAAGGCCAAGAGCUUGGAUGGCUGGACUGAGGAGAAAGCCCCUGUUGUCGCUGAGAAGGACGUGGAAAGCAUGCAUGACGACGAUGAUGAGAAGAAGGGUGCUGCUAUUGAGCACCAAGAGAUUAGAGCUUAG